CUUGGACGUGUUUUCUUCACUUUCGCCCCAAUCCAGCUGUUGAAUGUUGUUCCACACGCAUGAUUAGUAUGGCACCGCUCAUUCGCGGCGAGGGAGACUCUCUGCAGCAGCGAGGGCAAUUGCUCUUCAAGCAGGGUAAUUACCAAGGCGCUCUAGAUGCUUUCACCGAGGCUCUCUCCUGUAAAAAGGCCGAUGUUAUGAGCAUACUUGAUAAUCGAGCAGCUACAUACAUCAAGCUUGCCCAGUAUGACCGAGCUCUGGCCGAUUCUCGAAACAUGGUUCGAAAGGACACCAAGGACGGACGAGGUAUCCUGCGCUAUGGCCAAGUUUUGCUCUUGACUGGAGACCGUGUCAAGGCCUUGAAAGCAUACGGUUACGGGCUGAAGACCUUAUCAAGUGAUAAUCCUCGCCGCAAGCUUGUCCUCCAACUGUACUGUAAAGUGCGCGAUGCAGCUUCAGUCAAACGCCUGGACCCGUUCAGUGUCCUGCCACUCGAGAUAGCUAUGAUGGUCCUUCGGCACCUCACUUUUCGGGAAAUUGUGGUUUCUACUCGCGUUUCUAAAGGAUGGCAACGCUUCUUGUCGAUGCGAGAUCUGUGGAUGCGUCUUGAUCUUAGCGAAGCCCGUCGCAAAGCGUCAUCGCGCGCCAUCCGAACAUACAUCCAGCGUUCGGGGGUCAUGCUUACCCAUGCCACCUUAACGAAUGUGGCCGGUCCCUCCCAGGAUAAAGUACUCGAAUACUUGAGUAGAUGCCCCAAGCUAGAGCAUUUGGAAAUUGGAGAUGCCAUCCAGCGCCAUGACGGGCUGUUCGACCAGUUCAAGGGCUGCAAGCAAUUAAGAACCCUCAUUAUCGCAAAAGGGACACCAGUAUCACAAGAGAACAUUACCAAAUUCUUGACAAGCCUACCCACUCUUGAGCGUAUAGAAAUCCAUAAUGCGCAGCCGUCACUUGAGACUAAAGUCCAAUGGCCCUCACAUCUCCCAAUGCUGCGGAGCAUUACGCUUUCUACCGAAGAAGCAGCCGUGCCACCACCAGGCCGUGUAGCCGCUCUGUAUCUUCCAUCUGCAACGGAAUCGCGACCCUGCGUGAUGCCCAACCUGGAGGAAGUGCGAAUUGACUCGUACCCCAAGGUCUGGUCACCAUACACGUUAUCAUUCGACCCCAAUCAGUUUACCAAGCUACGGAAACUAGAAUUGAGAGGCGUCUUCCUCGGACAGUUCGCUUUACCACGGACACUCGAGCACCUCAGCAUCCAUGCGGGCACCUGCCCGGUUGGAGAAGAGUUCCCCUUUCUCAUCGACCAAUUUCCCCACCUCCGACACCUGCACACCCUUAUUCUCCGCGACCUAAGCUGGGUCACAUAUGACACACUCUACAAAUUCCUAGUCACAGCCGAGGCACCGAUACGAAAGCUGGUCGUCGCCAGUUGCCCGAAACUCGAUCUCGCGCAGCUCGAGCAGGUCUUGACCGAGCACCCCGUGGAGCUAACCGAGCUAGGGGUCUGUGCCUUACGGGGGGUCAAUGACAUGAGCGUGAAAGCCCUAGUUCGGCAUCUCCCGCAUAUAUACGCGUUAGACGUCUCAGCUACCGAGGUUACCGGUGGUCUGGUCAAAUCGUUCGCAGAUGCGUCUCCCUCCGAUGAUCUGCCACGGCUCAAGUACUUGAAUGUAGCGCAUUGCGAACAUGUUUUGUAUGAAGCUGUCGCCUAUGGCCGGUCGCAUAAGAUCAAUGUUGUUACGCGCUGAAUUGCGGCAUAGGGGUUGUGGCAAAGCCAUGCCUCACGCAUAUUAGCCGUGAACUUGAACCUUUCUACACAAUCUUUGUCUACGCCAUUUUCGAUUGGCUUGACUACAUAGAAUCUGGGUCAACAGAUUUCUGGUUUGCAAAAAGACACACCACAUGUGGUUUCGUCAAAUCUGGCUCAGAGACUGCAUAGGACAUUUCCACCACACCUCAGCCCAUUUCCAGGGAGUCCUCUCGUACCCGAUCCCUGGGUCGUCGAAAUCCACCAGAACGACAACCACAUACACCAAGCUUGGGCUCACGCUUCCGGGGAAUACCACCCGGAUCUGCCUUUUUGCUGUUGUUGGCCUUUCGAUCCGAGCGCGAGAGUGGAAUCAUUCCACCUCGCAUCAUCAACCGCCGAUGAAUGGAAUCAGGUACCGUGCCCCUAAAGUAGUUGCACAUGUAUAAC